AUGGCAUUGUUUCCAUCAGCGAACAGCGGUUCUGGCGGUUCAGAAGCAUCGAACGAGACAGGCCCCAACUUUUGUCCUUGGGAUGCCCCUCCCAGAGAACCCACCAUCCUAGUACAGUCCAAUGAAGUUCAUGUGAUACCAUUAGGGAUUCAUAAAUGUCAUCAUAAGCUCGAAGUGACUGCCCAUGAUACCCUCGACAGCUUCUCAACGGCUGGGAAGCGUCUGACAGACGACGUUAUUAUCUUUUCAUCCAGAUCGGGAGCCAUUUUCGGGCGUAUUCCGAAUUCACUCUCUGAUGAUGCAGUCGUUCGAUGGCUUGAAUCCUUUCUUCACUUCGUCAGCACCAGUGAAGAAGCAGCGUGGUGGCACACAGGUCACUCCGGUCCGUGGGAAAUUUAUGCCUUUGUCCCGAUGAAUGCAAACCGAACAAAAUGGAUAUAUUCAAACACGCAAAAUGACAAGAUGCGCCCUUUGACAAUUUUGAGUAUGCUGGACAGGUAUGCGGAAGAAAAGCCGUGGCUCGUGCAGAAACCUGGCCAGGAGUACGUAGAGAGCUACGUGGCGGAGGUUCAUGGGAAAUGCUAUAUACCCCGGCAGCACAAACGACGAAGGAACGCUCAGAGACAUGAAGAACAAGGGGAACAAUCGGAAUCGAAUCCCACCAGAGUCAGUUUCAUCUGGGACGUAGUCGAGCAUUCGAGAGAGGUGAUACUCGGCGAUGAGGAGUGGAAGGAUGGGCUCUUGAUGGAACGAUUCGAGAUGAGUCUGAUAUAG